AUGUCUACCAACACACCAAGUUACCCCCCUUCAGUCCCGACAGAGCGUGAGCUUACCGAUUUCGGAGUUCAGCGUGUGCAGCAUGAAAAUAUAUUCUCUGAUACUUGGCACGCACAGCACUACGUUGAGCAAAGGGUAUUUGACAUUCGUCACGCAAGGCCGCCUGAGAAACCACUGGUGCUUUUUCGUGAGAAACAUGUGUCAUGGCUGAUGCGUCACCUGCAAUACUUGCCGCGUGGGUCCGAGUCUUUUGACGUACUCCAAGGCUGGUCCUGUUUUUGGAUUGUGCAUUCGCUAAAUUUGUUGGGCGCCACAAUUCCUGUUCCAACAGCAUCCAUGGUGGUCAAGCACCUCGCUACAUUUAAGGAUCCAGUAGUGGGAGGGUAUGGUGGGGGGCCUGGUCAAUCUUCUCAUUUGGCAUCGUCGUUUUCUGUGAUAAUGACGUUAUGCGGGUUGGGGACUGAGGAAGCCCUCAUGUCGAUUGAUAGCGUAUCCCUAUUGCGUUUUAUAUUGCAGAUGAAACAAGCAGAUGGUUCGUUCCGAGUCAGUUUUGGUGGAGAAACGGAUGUGCGUGCAAUGUAUUGCGCCAUAUGUAUUGCGUCUAUAGUUGGCUUACUUAAGGGGGUUGAAGCGGAGAAAAUCACUCGUGGAUGUGCUUCGUAUGUGAAGAGCCUUCAGGGAUUUGACGGGGGAUUGGGGGGAGAACCAGGAGCUGAAUCGCAUGGUGGUAAUUCCUUCUGCGGAUUGGCUACCCUUGUAAUCCUAGAUGAGCUCGAUGCUGUUGAUACUGGUGCGCUGUUGGAUUGGGCCGUGAUGCGCCAGAUGGCAUAUGAAGGGGGCUUCCAAGGUCGCACCAACAAGCUUGUGGACUCAUGCUAUUCGUUUUGGGUCGGAUCCUUGUUCCCUUUGCUGGGAUUGAAGGCCAGAGCACCUGCUGGGAUGUCGAAGUUAUUCGAUGCAGAUGCGUUGCAGAGGUAUGUGCUUGAGUGUGCACAACUUGAAAACGGGGGUUUCAGGGACAAGCCUGGGACGUCGCGCGACUUAAUGCAUUCGUGUUACGCAUUGAGCGGAUUGAGCAUCGCGCAGCAUUUCGGUGAAGCUAAGCAUGACGCGAAGAAUGAGGUGAAGAAAGUGGACCCGGUAUUCAACAUAGCGGAGGACAAGAUUAAUUACGUGAAAGAGUUUUUCAGUCAAACUUGAUACAUGGACAGAGAGGCCCGCAAAAGCAGAACGAUCGCCAUGAAGUUUAUGGAGUAUGGUUAGCGCGGAGUAAACAAGGACUUAAAACGAAGAGACAGGGUGUGAUGUACAUAGCAUCAUUGGCGUCGAUGCAGAGAAUGUGUGAUGAGUGGUGCGGUCGAUUAGAAACGAGUGCGAAGAAGCGACAUGAAUGGUAAGAUGAGAUUCAAGCAAAGCUGAUAUCACACUGUGGCUAUCUCCGUUUCGACAGUAUCCGGCGUAUGGAAGAUGCCGUGAAGGGCGAUGGAUAUGCUGCUGAGAAUGAGAGACUGGACGGUAUAGCUGCCAAUUGAGGUGAGCCAGACGACAAGCAAGGCAAGAAAGGCGGCGGUGAUCUUGUGCUUAUGUUGCAUAUGACCGCCGUUCUUGGCGGCCACUCUGGUGCACCACUUUUCCAGCAACCAGAAACCAAGGCCCGCAAAGAGGAGACUGUGAAUGCUACCUAGCAAGACGAUGCCGAGCCAAAAGGCAGCAAUGACUUGAUAAUUGGCGCGAUAGUCGUGCAAAUUGGCAGCAAAGCGGUCACUGAGAUCGUGGAAGUGAGGUCGGGAGAGUUCCUUGGUGGAAUAAAAUUCUUUCCAUGGUCG